CUAAUUGUAGCUGUCACUGAAUCCCCGGAUGCUGAUGUAAGGAGAGAGAGAGGGAGAGAGAAAGAGAGAGAGAGCAGUCUGCACAUUGCAGAGGAGGUAGCAAAGAGAGAGAGAGAUUACUGAAGAAAAGCCUGUAAGGAGGGGGCCUGAAUACAUCAGCAAAAACAGCAGCAGCAGCAUCAAGAUCUGAUCUGCAUCCAGCAGUACCCAGGGCUGCAUUCCUCCUGAUGAUGCUGGUACCAGGAGUGUAGCAUCCCCUCCACCCUCCCCCUUCCUCUCUCUCCCCACUCCCCCUCCCCUUGGAUGCAUCAGCAAAGAGGAGCACAGAUCAAUUUCCCCCUUCUACCCCCCCAUUAAAAAAAAAAAAAAAAAAAAAAAAAGGAAAGACCCAUAGUAAAAAAUUACAAGGAAAAAUAAAUACAAGGGGAUCCUGGAAGAAGAGAGGCAGGGAAAGGGAGAAGACAACCACUGCACUGUUUAUCUCUCUCCCCCUGUUCUUUUGUUCUAGCCUGGGAGAAAAGGACAGGCCUUGUAAAAUAAAGGGGGACAAAUUCAGGAACCAUGUCCAGUGGAAAGGAGGCAGGUGGAAUUCACCCGUACCAGCAGCAGCCGCAACAUGCCCAAUAUGUUGGACCUUAUAGACUGGAGAAAACGCUUGGCAAAGGACAGACAGGGUUGGUCAAACUAGGUGUUCACUGUAUAACAGGACAGAAAGUGGCAAUAAAGAUUGUAAAUCGAGAAAAGCUUUCAGAGUCUGUUUUAAUGAAGGUGGAAAGAGAGAUUGCAAUCCUGAAGCUGAUUGAACAUCCCCACGUACUCAAGCUGCAUGAUGUCUAUGAGAAUAAGAAAUAUUUAUAUUUGGUGCUCGAACAUGUAUCUGGUGGAGAACUUUUUGACUAUCUGGUUAAAAAGGGAAGACUAACUCCAAAGGAGGCUCGCAAAUUCUUCCGACAAAUCAUAUCCGCUCUUGAUUUCUGUCAUAGUUACUCUAUAUGCCACAGAGACCUGAAGCCUGAAAAUUUAUUGUUAGAUGAAAAAAACAACAUACGGAUAGCAGAUUUUGGUAUGGCGUCGCUGCAGGUUGGGGACAGUUUACUUGAGACCAGCUGUGGGUCUCCUCACUAUGCAUGUCCUGAGGUGAUCAAGGGGGAAAAAUACGAUGGUCGCAGAGCUGAUGUAUGGAGCUGCGGAGUGAUCCUGUUUGCGCUUCUAGUGGGAGCAUUGCCCUUUGAUGAUGAUAACUUGCGCCAGCUGCUAGAGAAGGUGAAACGUGGUGUAUUUCACAUGCCACAUUUUAUUCCACCAGACUGUCAGAACCUGCUGCGAGGCAUGAUAGAGGUGGAACCUGAGAAACGCCUCAGUCUAGAUCAGAUCCAGAAGCAUUCGUGGUAUCUAGGUGGCAAGAAUGAACCAGAGCCUGAGCAGCCCACUCCCCGAAAAGUGUCCAUAAGGAGAAUUCACUCAGUAAGUGAGUUCGACCCAGAUGUGCUGGAUAGUAUGCAUUCCUUGGGUUGCUUCAGGGAUAAAACCAAACUGAAACAAGAACUACAGAAUGAAGAUGAAAACCAAGAGAAAAUGAUUUAUUACCUUCUCCUGGAUCGUAAGGAAAGAUAUCCAAGUUGUGAGGAUGAGGACCUCCCACCUCGGAAUGAUAUAGAUCCACCACGCAAGAGAGUUGAUUCUCCAAUGCUUAACCGCCAUGGAAAGCGCCGCCCUGAAAGAAAGUCUAUGGAAGUCUUGAGUGUGACGGAUGGUGGUUCACCGGUUCCCGCACGAAGGGCUAUUGAGAUGGCACAGCACAGUCAAAGGUCCAGAUCUGUGAGCGGUGCUUCAACUGGUCUCUCAUCUAGUCCUCUCAGCAGUCCAAGGAGUCCCGUAUUCACUUUCUCCCCCACACCGCUGGAAGCUGCUGAUGGGGAGGACCCCCGUGCCAUCUGGCAAUCCAAAGCUGCUCACCGUCAGCCUGACCCGAAGACCCAAACGUUGCCUGCUAAGACCAGCCUGGGAGAGAAGCCCCUCCACACCAUUAAAUCCAAUCCCUUACCGAUUACCAUGACUGCCUCCUCCCCACAGCAUGACUCCUCAACUUCACCUCAUCGCUCCCCAUUAUCCCCUCCUUUCUUCCCUUCCUCACUACCUGCUCGUUUUUUCCCUGGUACUAAAUCCGCCACCAAAUCUAUCCCUUUGCCGCAGGUGACCCCUCACCCUUCUCCCCGAGGUAGUCCCCUCCCUACCCCGCUGGGUACCCCAGUGCAUACGCCCAAGGACAGCCCGACUGGGACGCCCAGUGGCACCCCUCCCUCAAGUCCUGGUGUUGGUGGGGUGGCUUGGAAGACACGACUCAACUCUAUCAAGAAUAGUUUCCUGGGUUCCCCACGAUUCCACCGUCGGAAAUUGCAAGUACCGACACCGGAGGAGAUGUCAAGUCUUACUCCAGAGUCUUCACCGGAGCUUGCCAAAAAGUCGUGGUUUGGAAACUUCAUCAACUUAGAUAAAGAAGAGCAGAUAUUUGUAGUGAUCAAAGAUAAACCUCUCAGCUCCAUAAAAGCUGACAUAGUCCAUGCUUUUCUCUCAAUCCCAAGUUUAAGUCACAGCGUGAUCUCUCAGACCAGCUUCAGAGCAGAGUACAAGUCAUCAGGGGGUCCAUCUGUAUUUCAGAAACCUGUCAAAUUUCAGGUGGACAUCAGUUACUCGGAGGGAGCUGAGGCACAAAAAGAGAAUGGCAUCUACUCUGUGACCUUCACUCUAAUAUCAGGUCCCAGCCGCCGAUUUAAAAGGGUUGUAGAGACGAUUCAGGCACAACUGCUGAGCACACAUGACCAGCCGUCAGUUCAGGCCUUGGCAGGAGCAAAUGUAACAACAAGAACCCAGAUGGAGUGUUCCUUGGAUCAUCUUCUCUUCUUGCCACCAGAUGAGAAAAACGGACAGCAAAGCCGACCGCCAGGAACUCCAACCAGAAGCUGCCAGAACUCACGCCGCUCUGAGCCUGACAUGGCAGAACAUCACAGAAGAGGAUCCUCCAAAGACAAGAAACUUUUGGCUUCCAACGGAACGCAAACACAGCCAUGACCAUAGGAAAUUAUCAUUGCCAGGAUGUAUCUGGCACAGCUAUGAAUGAACAAUAAAAAAAACUGAACAAAACAACGCAAGAGAACGCAGCGCCCUAAUGUCUGAGAGAAAACUCACAUGGAUCUGCUUACAUAAAUCAAUAGGUACACAGACUUGUAUCCUAUUCCAGGUGUACACACACGCUUCCGUGCGUGGCAGGAUAUACCGUUAUGCAUACCUAAGGUUUGACAAAAUCAUUGAUACACAUACAUGUACAAGUGCACGAACAUACAGAACAAUGAGCACAUACACAGAAAAGAACGAGCGAGAAGAGUUAAAGGUUGGCGUUACUGUGAAGAUGUAAAUAUUUCCAAAAAAUCAAAAAUUACAAAAAAAAAAAGCAAACAA